CCUGUUCAGUGUUCUACAUCCCUGCUUCAGUUUUAUUCCUACAGCGUCUCCGCAGGACCGGUGAUGAUGUUCUCGUGCGAGGAAAACCCGAAGCUGCUGGAUGCCGUGGAUCCCGAGCCCGGAUGGAGCGGACUUUACGCCCCGGGGAAGGGGAGACAGAGGGAGAGAAACACGUCAGAACCGUUUCCUCCAGAUGAGCUUUACUGCAGCACAGAGCUCAUUGACAAUGAGGACGAAGACCACGGGUCUGUUCAGCAAGAGGAAGCGCAAGGAGGAGGUGAUGACCAUGAGGUGUACGUAAGAAGCCCAUGUUGUGACAGGAGCCCAUCCGAUCCUAUGCGGGGCCUGUCCCCUAUAUGGGGCCCAUUACUAUCGAGGAGCACGUCCCCUUUAAGAAGUUGUGCUGCUUCGAUGAGGCCGCGCUCCUCAAGGAGCCGUUCACCAAAUACGACCCCUGCAACCCAACGGCGUGUUCAUUUCAACCCCAACGUCGUCGUGUUUGGCCAGCCUUCAGCUGCGGGGUAUACAAUGAUUCCUCUGCAGAGCCAAGGAAUAAAGAGGUGGAGGGAUGAAGAGGAUGAUAAUGAAGAAGCCCCUCCUAGUAGACAGCACUGUAUGAAUCAUGUUCUUUAUAAGAGGUCCCGUGGCCUACCUACCUUAAACCUUUUUCCCAUCGUUCCAAUUAUGAGCCAAAACUGCAGCUAAUCACUUUAAGACUUUAAAAUCUUUGUGUGCUUGUUCAGGUAUCCAGGUGAUUCUU